CCCCCCUCCAGACAACAUGAUAGCAAGAGUGGAAAACCAGCAUGACCUUGAUCCUCCUGAUUCAGAGCCAGUUUCACGCCUGUCUUGAUAGAAGAAGAUUGCUGACGCCUGCUUCCCCUUUUUCAAAUAAGAUGCUGAACAAGACGCUAGUUGGUAUGGGCCUGGGUGUUGGCGCGGGCCUGGGUACGUGGUGGGUGUUGCGACGCUCCUCACUGCAACUACCAGAAAAGUGGGAGGAGGUGGGGGAGGUAUCUCACGUCAACAUCUACCCUCUUAAGUCAGCUCGUCCUGUGUCUCCGGAGGAAGCCCAAGCCACCACCCACGGCUUGGCUCACCACACUCUCCAGGACAGGUCGUUCGUGGUGGUGACAACAGACGACAACAACUUCAUAACAGGAAGACAAACUGGUCAGCUCCUGUUGGUGUCGUUGGUGGUGAAGGAUUACUCUGUCACCCUCGAAGCCCCAGGGAUGGAGGAGGGAGUCGAGUUCAACCUUCAAGACGUUCAAAACAAUAACCAGGUCGUCGACUUCAGGUUGUGGAAGCAAACACUGAAGGGAGUGGACUGUGGAGACGAGGUGGCGGAGUGGCUCACUAAGGUGCUGUUUAACGGGGAGACGAAGGUUCGACUCCUAUUCAAAGGGGAUGUGAUGCAGAAGAGAACAGCUCGACCAUUGAACUACUAUAACUUCCCUCAGUACCGACCCACAGACAGAGCAUACUACGCCGACACCUGUGGGUACAUGUUGGCGACAGACUCAUCGCUGGAGGACCUCAACACUCGCCUCUCAUCUCCCAUCACCAUGGACUCCUUCCGCCCCAACAUCGUCGUGAAGGGAUCCCCAGCUUACGAUGAGGAUGACUGGGCUUUUGUCAAGAUCGGCUCAGCGGUGUUCAGGACACUUAAGCCCUGUGAGAGAUGCAUCCUGACGACAGUUGACCCGCAGACUGGGAAGCGACACCCCAACAAGGAACCACAACACACCCUCCGCUCGUACCGCUUGUUGAGUAACCCGCCUCAGCUGGCUAAAGCCUGGUCGGUCAAACCACUCUUCGGCCUGAAUAUGGUCAUUGACGCAACUGGUCCCAUAGCCGUAGGGGAUAAAGUCCUGGUGGCCAGAUUGUCAACUAACCCACAACUGAAAAUUUUCUAGAGUAUUCAACCAGCCCACCUAGAGUAAUUACCUCAUUCCACCUAUAUAGAGUACUCAACUUGUCCCACUAAGAGUACUCAACCAGCCCACCUAGAGUAAUCAACUCAUCCCACCUAUAUAGAGUACUCAACUCGUCCCACUAAGAAUACUCAACCAGUCCACCUAGAGUACUCAGCUCAUCCCACCUAGAACCUGAACCCCUACAGUUGACAGUCAAGAGAUUUUGUUUAUAUUUUCUGCUUUUCAUGUAUUCCUAACCGAACCCAAACAAUUUAUGUGGUUUUUAAAUUCGAUGUUCACAUAUUGAGAUGGAAUUUUUUAACGUGUAGCUUUAUAAUCCAAUUUAAAACUGCAUAUUACUAUAUUUUAGUCUUUAGCAAUGUUUCAGAGACUUUUAAGUUAUCAUUGUUAUAGAAUGUUGCAAGUGGCUGCAAAACAUCAAUGUGUGUUGAUAUAUUGACGGUAUCACAUGAGCGUUAUUUCUGGCAACGUAAUAUCGGCAACAAAUUAAGGUUCAUGUGAUAGCGAGUCUUCCUAUUUUGCUGAUAACGAUUUGUCAGAUGAGAGUUGCCUGAAAUAACGCUCGUGUGAUAACGCCUUAAGGGUUAGUGACAUCAGCUAGCGAAGGUGUGGAUGACUACUAACUGACAACAUCUGUGUAGUGUUGAAGAAUGUAUUCAAUAUAUGUAAAACUUUAUCACUUACUGGGAAUACUCUUCAUAACUUUUAAAUUACUGGCAUUAGAAGUUCACAGUCAAACAUGAUCGCUCUCUAUAAUACGAUAUACUGUACAUGCUGUUCACUUUCAGUUGUUGUAUCAUGUUAAUUCUCUAUUCAUCCUCUGAGCAUCCUCACCAACCAGCUCUCUCUACAUCAAGCUUGUAACCAUGCUGCCACUUCCCAGCACCAAGCUGCACUGUACAUCCAAUACAACAU